AUGACUCCUAUUUUUCAUAUCUGUGAGGUCAUUCGCUUUUAUAAUCUUUACUCGUGGCAACUAACUCUUUCUCUCUCUCUCUCUCUCUUUUACUUUCUUUCUCUUUCAAUCUACUUUAUGAAUUUUUCUCUCACCCCAUGUUUGUGUCAAUCUAUUUCUCUUUCUUGCACCCUUUCGUGCCUGCCUAUCUAUCACUUUUUCUCCCAACACUUCAUGCUUACCCCUCUCUUUAUUUUGCUCCUUUGUUCAUGCCCACCUCUCACUCACAUUCCACUUGAUACAUCUUUCUCUCCCACCUCUCUCUCUCUCUGUUCCUAUGUCCGUAUCUACUUUCUCUCUCUCUCUCUCUCUUUCUCUCUCUCUUUCUCUCUAUCUCUGGUGAACACAACUCUUGCCUAUCUUUCUCACUGCCCUCUAUUUAUCUUUCUCUUUGCACACUGCCGUUCGUGCUUGCCUCUCUCUCUCCCUCCCCCUCUCUCUCUCUCUCUCUCUCUCUGUCGUUCGCGCCAGUUCAUUUCUUUCUCUUCUCCGUUUGUGAAUCUGUCACUGUCUGUCUCUCUCUUUCUGUACCGCUUGUGUACUCCAACAUUCGUGCCUGCUAAUCUCUCUGGCUCCUCUCCUUCUUACCUGUACCUCGUGUUCUAUCUUUAUCUCUCUCUCUCUCUCUCUCUCUCUCUCUCUCUCUCUCUCUCUGUACUCCGCCGUUCGUGCCUGCUUCUCAAAGGCUAUCUCUCUCUCGUUUUUAUCUGCACCCACUCUUCGUUCCUAUCUUUUCGCCUCAUUCUCUCCCCCCUCUCUCUCUCUCUCUCUCCCUCUCUCUUUCUGUACCGUUUGUGCACACUGACGUUCGUACCUGCCUAUCUGGAUCACCCUCGUUCUUACCUGCACUUCACUGUUCAUACCUCAAUCUCUCAAUCUCUCUCUCUCUCUCAAUCUCUCUCUCUUUCCCUUUCCAGCUUCUGUGCAUGUCGAUCUUUCUCCUUUCCCUCUUUUUGUACCUGUGUCUUUCUCCCCAUCUCCUAUAUUUGUGUCUGUCCCUUCUUUACUCCUUUCUUACCUACCAAUAUCUCCCCACGACCUUUGUUCAUACUUGUCUCACUCUCUCUCUCUCUGUUUGUAUAUGCCCCUCUAUUCUCCUUUUCUUGUUCUUGUUUACACAUAUCUUCCCCGCCCUCUGUUUUUACCCUCCUCUCUCCCCCGGUUUUUUUUUUCGGUGUUCCUAUUUAA